AUGGCUAUGCACUUAGCUUUAUGUUUACUCAUGCUCAGGCUUUCAAUUGCAUUGGCAAUCAACAGCCCAAAUACAUUAAACGAAACAUGCAUUGAUGGUACCACUGUCACACUAAGCUUUGGUAUGUACCUAGACAGUUGCCCGGAGGCAGAACCGAUCAUCUUCUCUUGGGUUGAAACCGCUGGAUGUGAUGCAUCAGUGUUAUUAGAUGACACACCAAGCUUUGUUGGCGAAAAAACUGCUGCACCAAACUUGAACUCAUUGAGGGGGUUUGAAGUGAUUGAUACCAUAAAAUCUGAUCUUGAAGCAGUUUGUCCUGAAACUGUCUCUUGUGCUGAUAUUCUUGCUAUUGUAGCCAGAGACUCUGUUGUUUUGUCAGGAGGGCCUGGUUGGGAAGUGCAGACGGGAAGGAGGGACAGCUUAAGUGCUAGCAAAACAGCCGCUAAUAACAACAUUCCAGGCCCUAAUUCUGAUGCAGCCACCCUAGUGGCAAGGUUCCAAAAUGUUGGCCUUUCACUCAGUGACAUGGUUACUCUCUCUGGUGCACACACAAUGGGAAAAGCUCGAUGCUCAACAUUUAGCUCCAGGCUAAAUGGUACAAGCAAUGUAAAUAGUCCAGAGGUUAACUUGAACUUCCUCGAGUCGCUCCAACAGCUAUGCUCAGAAACUGACAGCAACACGACCCUAGCACAACUAGACACUGUAACUCCAUCAACAUUCGACAACCAGUACUAUGUUAACCUCAUUUCCGGGGAGGGAUUGCUCGCGUCGGACCAAGCCCUGGUGGCUGAAAACGACCUUACUCAUGAAAUAGUCGAAUAUUAUGCCAAUGACCCGACAGUGUUCUUCGAGGAAUUCAAGAGGUCGAUGCUGAAAAUGGGUAGCUUGGGAUCACUGACUGGGGAGAGUGGUGAAAUCCGUAGGAACUGUAGAAUUGUUAACCAGUAUAAAGGUUAUCAUGAGUAUGCGAAAUCAAAAGGACUACUUUAUAAAAGCCACCAUCAUAGAAACUCGUGUUCUGUGUUCUGCAGGUAUUAUAAAGGUUAUCAUGAGUAUGCGAAAUCAAAAGGAUUGGAUGUCGGUCUGCCAGUGAGACUUGAUGUUAUUGUUGAUGGCACAGUUCCUACAGGGUCUGGACUGUCAAGCUCUGCUGCAUUUGUUUGCGCUGCAACAAUUGCUAUAAUGGCUACAUUUGAUGUGAACUUUCCAAAGUACAACAAUUCUGGACCCAAUGUGCUUAUCGAUUAUCUUAUAUCUAAUGUUUACUUGAGGAUUGACUCAUUUGCUCAUGUUGCAUUUGUGUAUUCAGAUUUGCUCUUUAUCAUUGCUAAGAACGAAAUUGCUCAGCUUACAUGUGAAUGUGAACGACACAUUGGGACACAAUCUGGUGGAAUGGACCAGCUUGGGAUGAAACCUCAUGAGGCAAUUACCAAUGUAAAAACUCUUUCUGAUGUUGAAGGGCUGUGUGUUUCAUUUGCGGGCAGUCACGGAUCUUCUGAUCCGGUCGUUGCUGUCAAGGAAUUUUUAGAUGAAGAACCUUAUACAGCUGGAGACAUUGAGAAAAUCACGGAGGAAAGCCUGCACUCGAUCUUUGCCAGUUCUCCCACGUCUAUGGAUGUGCUAAAAGCUGCCAAGCACUUUAAAUUAUUCCAGAGGGCCUCCCAUGUCUACUUGGAAGCCAAGAGGGUACAUGCUUUUAAGGAUGCUGAAAAUUAA